UCCUGCUGUAAACAUUCUGGAAAACUUCCUGAAACCCUCAAUCCGCCAGCCAAGACAGACAAGACGGAGACAGCUCUAUCGGCGACGUGCAUGUUGUUGUUUUUUGUAGUGCCUCAAUUACUGCCAGGCUGCAUUUAAACCCGCGUGACUCAAUUCAAAGUUAAAAAAGCAUCAUCAUGGCACCAAAGAGACGCUCUGCUUCCGCUGCCAAGGCUGGCGGCAAGAAGGUGAAGCAAGAACCCGAACAACCAAAGCCAAAGGAUGCCUUCACCUCUACCAAAGAAGCCCUUAUGGCUGCAGGACCACAAUUCAAAGGCAAGAGGAAGGUGGAUGAGCACUGCUCACUGUCAAACACUGGAGAGGUGUAUGAAGACUAUGACUGCAUGCUCAAUCAGACCAACAUUGGACAAAACAACAACAAGUUUUAUGUAAUCCAGCUCAUUAAAGAUUCCAACAAGUACUAUUCAUGGAACAGAUGGGGCAGAGUGGGUGAAGUGGGACAAUCCAAACUUAAUUCAUUUCCGAAUGCUGAGAACGCUGUGAAGGACUUUGAGAAGAAGUUUAAGGACAAGACGAAGAACAACUGGAGCGAUCGCAUGAAUUUUGUCUCUCACUCCGGGAAGUACACCUUGAUCGAGGUGGAUGGGGAGCAGGAUGCUGAGGUUAAGGUGGAGAGUGUUGAUGGGAAAGCAGUCAAAGUGACUAAAAAUGUUCUACCCUGCACCCUUGACGAGGCUACAUCGGCGCUCAUCCACCUCAUAUUCAGUAAUGACAUGUUCAAGGAGGCGAUGGAAUGCAUGAACUUAGACAUCAAGAAGAUGCCUUUGGGUAAGCUCAGUAAGAUGCAGAUUGCAAAAGGAUUUGAGGUGCUGGAGGAGAUUGAAGCAGCCUUGAACCAAAGCAGAAACAGAAAUUCACGUCUUCAAGAGCUCUCCUCCAAGUUCUUUACCACCAUCCCGCAUAACUUUGGUCGGAAUCGACCUCCGACCAUUGAGUGCAAAGAUACUGUGGACAGAAAGAAAGGGAUGCUAAUGGUUCUGGCUGAUAUUGAGCUGGCCCAGACAUUGAAGUCAGAGACGGAGAAGGCCCAGGAAGAGAUGGUAGAGACUGUUCCUCACCCUCUUGACCAGGACUACAAUUCUCUCAAGUGCAAGCUCUCUCUGAUGGACAAAUCCACAGCGCGAUAUAAGAUCAUACAAAAGUAUCUGUCAAAAACAGCGGGCCAAUUUAAGCCGAAAAUUGUCAAUGUUUGGGAAAUUGCCAGAGAGUUUGAGGGGGAGCGUUUUAAAGAGCAUGACGCACUGGAUAACCGGCGUUUGCUGUGGCAUGGCACAAACAUAGCAGUUGUGGCCGCCAUUCUUAAGAGCGGCUUGAGGAUCAUGCCCCAUUCAGGUGGUCGUGUUGGUCGGGGUAUCUAUUUUGCAUCGGAAAACAGAAAGUCAGCAGGUUAUGUGCGCACCUCUAAGAACACGGGCGUGAUGUUUCUGAGUGAAGUGGCGCUUGGGAAAGAGCAUACCAUCACCAGAGACAACUCGUCCCUGAAAAAGGCUCCAGCUGGAUUUGAUUGCGUAGUUGCACGGGGACAGGUGGAACCAGAUGCCUCUAAAGAUGUCUUCAUCACCCUGGAGGGCAAGAAGGUCGCCGUCCCACAGGGUGAGCCCAUACAGCAGUCGCAGUACUCUGAGAGCCACUUCUACAACAGCGAAUAUCUCAUCUACAAAGAGAGUCAGUGUUGCCUCCGCUAUCUGCUUGAGCUAAAUAUGUAACAUCAGGAAAAGGCCUGGCUGUGCCUUUUUGUCACUUAAAGCUAUGAAGAAGAUAUCCCUGAAUGUAUGCUAAUUAAUGCACAGACUUGCACUCAAAUUAAUGCACCUUUUAUAAUUUAGCAUCUAAAGGCGUAAUCUUACUGAAUCUGCUUUGAUUGAUUGCGCAGGUAUAUCUAAUGUUGUGGCUGGUGAUUGUUGAAGAAUCUUGGUCAACGCAUUGUUUGCAUUUUAGAGCUCAUUCUAUUCUACAAAAAAUCUAACUUUGGCAUCUGUAUACUACUUCAGCAUAUUUGUAGUUUAUUUUCUACAGCAGAUCGGCCUUAGAAUGACUGUAUGUAAUGACGUGUUUACAGGACAAAAGGUGUAAAGUGCAAUUUUACGACUAAUCCCAAAGCACUGUCGCUAUCUUUUUUUGCGCUGCUAACUAAUACCUGGAGAGAAACUUCUUAUGCAAACUUCUUAUAUGUGAGUCGUCAUAUUUCACAUUGUCUGCUUGAAAUUUGACCAAACAGCACCACAUGGUGUCAGUAGAAUGACCAACAUGCGGUGAUGUUUAUUUGCAUUCGAAGGCAGAACUAAUAAAUCUGUGUC